AUGUCUUCCGUUAUUAACUCAAUCCCGCUAGAAAUCCUCGAAAUCAUAUGCGAGGAGCUCGACACGAGGGAUCUAGCCUCGCUAGUUGGGACCUGCCGCCAUACCUAUCACCGAACGAUCAGCCGCUUGGCGCAGCGAUACACGGAAGUUCACCUAGACUUCUCGCAAGACAGCUUCAAUCACAUCCAUGCCAUUGCCAACAACAAAAUCAUGCGACAACAGGUCCAUCGUCUAGUUGUCAUGACUCCAGAGCCAUACCUGGGUCGCAAUCUCCAGUGGCAGCGAAGCGCGGCCGGUCAUAUUCACAACCCACUCCAAAUACCAGCCAUCCAACGCUUUCGCAAUGAUCUAGUCGACAAGCUCGUAAACUGCCGAUCCUUCGUACUUUCCCCGGUCAGAAGCAAAUACGUACCGGAAGAGGACGCCCUGAGCGACGACAAACAUCUAAACCCCGACGAUACCGCAGCCAUCUUGCUAGAAAUUAUCGCCAACGCAUCACUACCCAUGAAGCUAUUCUGGUAUGGCACAGGGGCGAAUUAUACCUCAAACAUUAUGGAUAUCCAGCGAUUACCCAAAACUCUCUUUAUGAAUCCCUCAUUCAAGUCCGGGUGGGAGUUAUUGGAAAAUCUACAUCUGGACCACAAACUUACACCGCAUAACUAUUCUUUCAUUUUGAAUAUGAUACUUCAUGCUCAUAAUCUUCGCAAAAUAUACCUUAGCCUAGCACCACGAGACUUGGCUAUCGAGUUCUUCGCACACCUAGGCGCAUCUCAAUCUUUCCCUGGCGCGCUAGAAAGAAUUGCAUUGUGCUACACGUCCAUACGGGUGGUGGAUCUGAUUAGUAUUCUGAGCCAUUCCCGCCAAACGCUUAAGCGUGUUAUUUUGCGAGAUAUUGGUGGUUUAUCGGUGGAUUUGCCUAAGCUGCAGAGUCAGUUGCAGGGUUGCUUCCCGCGGUUGGAGACCGUUGAUUUGGAUAGGUGUGAAUAA